AUGUCUGCUGGCCUAAUCCGGGCGGCGGUGGAGACAGAGAUUCGGACGAUGGAAGGCCAUACGUACUGGCGCCGUCGCGCUGUUACCCUGGUCAAGAAAGUGGCGGAAGCCAAGAUUGGUGCGGGAGCCCGGAUACUCUGUGAUGAUCUCUACCCGAUCAAGGUCGACAGCGUCAAGAAGGCUGUGGUGCUAGACAAGAAAGACGAGAUCCGAGCCGAAGCUGCGGCAGCCUUCAGCAAGGAGAAUGAAACUACUGUGGCUAAGAUUGCUUGGCUCAGCAGAAAGGAUAGUGCGAAAGCAUAUAGGUCUAUGGCCGUUUACCUGACUAAAGGUACUCACUUUACCUUUUCUACCGAAAUGAAGUCUUCUAUUCUUUUUACUGUCGGUAUUGCUCGGAUGAGUAGAAACGGCUCCUGA